AGUCUGAGCCGCCGCUGUGGUCAAGGCUCUGAUUUGAGGUUUUGAACAGUUGGCUGACUGUCCGCUAUCGCCCACCUCCAAUCUGGAUAGUGGAUAGUAGCAUGUUGCCGCAGCAGAAUGGGACACCACCAGCUGCUACAAGGCUAAUGCUAUCACGGCUACUACUAUGAGUGUUGUUGACCAUUAAGGAGCUGACAGCGAUGUGAUUAUCGUAGGAGCGGCGAGGUAUUAAUAAUAUAUGAUUCUGGGUACUUGGAGGCGAGUCUGGAUAAAGUACUUGGAUUACAGUACCACCGGAACGACAGAGAAAACAAAUUGCAAACAAACUGUGUGUGUGUGCAGGGUUGCGGAAACAGAGCAGAAUUGCAGAUGACCUGAGUUGUUUUUAUUUUAUUUUUGUUGCCGAGCGACUGGUAUGAUGUGCACUGAGCCGGUCACACUGCUUGUGUGAGUGUGUGUCUGCACUGCAGCUCCCUCGCACCACUCACUCUAAGAAAUUGCAGCUAUGAGAUGAGACCAGCACUGAUUCCAUCGCAGGCAACGCAGGAGACCCCACGGACUACUCGAACACAGUCCGACAUUGUGUGUGUGUUACACGACUGAUUGGCUGAAAUGGACACAUCUGCAGUGCUCUGACUCACCGUCUCCUAGCCUCAUUCAACAUGUAGUAUGUAUGAGCCACGUUGACUUACGUUCUCACCUGCCAAACCUUGGAUGAAUGAACUACCAAAGCCUGAGCCAAAUCGAUUUUCUCUUAUGCUGUGCUGAGUCUACUGACAUGUUUCUGCCACGGUUGUCCUUGAAGUGAGUGCUGGGAUGUCCGUGACCUGCCCAUAGAGGUGGGGGCCUCGGAGAGCGAGCCAGAGCAGCUAGGGCUGAACGCGGUGUUUCCUGAGCCUGUGUGAGGUGAGGCAACAGCUGCAGAGAGAAGAGGGGGGGAGGGAAGACUGGGAGAGGAGCGCCUACGGAGAGACGAGAGCUGUGACACGCAAGCCUGCAGCAAGCACCUCCGGCCGAGUGGACUGAACCCGAAGGUGAGAAGGUGACGAGAGCCCACAUCCUCGCUCUAUCAUUCUGUCAUUUUUUUCCCUAUGCUCCUGGCAAGCAACCAGAUCUAAACCGGCUGUCGCUACACGUCACACCGAGAGCAGGUGUCACCUUGGUAUCAGAUUCGUCUGUCACUCUCUGCUACUCUCGUCUGCCUGUCCACCAGAGCGCUUCUGUUUUGCUUUCUAAUUUUGCCGCCUCUUCCCUUCCCUCCUUCAUUCACGGUCUAUCUGAGAUGGGAAGCUCCAUGGGUUGUGUGAGGCCUCCUAGGGAGGGAGGACACGGCUUCCCCCCACUGUCCCCCAACCCCAAACGACGCCUCCGCUUCCGGCGGAGACGCAAAGGGAAGAAGCACCAGAAAGGAGGGUCGUCGGUCGGCUCGGAAGUGGAAAGCAUAAGGAUAAGCAACAUACCAGAGGAAGAGGAUGAGGAGGAAGAGGACAAAGGUACCGUCACGGAGGCAACCACCGCGUCGUUCAAAACUAUGAGUGACGUCGGCGCCAAAAUCGCCAAUUUAACCGUGCCUCAGGCUCAAACUCAAUCCAGACUGCCGCUGCCCAGUGCUCUCUGUGCUGACUCCACGAGUGACAGCAUGGGGGGGUUGGGUGGUAGCAGAGUGCUGGAAGUGUCCCCUGAGCCAAGCCCAGUGUGGAGAAGGCUGUCCUACCCCGGAGCUGGGAGUGAGGAAGGGGGGACGAGCAGUACCAUAGAUGCCUCAAGCAGCCAAGGGCAACCCAGUGGCUACCCCACCCUAGACAACCCUGACAACCCUGACCCAGCUGUCCCGUCCCAGGUGCACACCACCCCUGGCGGGGGUCAGGUCUGCAAAGUCAGGGAGAGAGAACAAGGGGUCCUGGAGAGGCCUUGCAUACGAAGACCCAAGAAAGAGAGGGAAAGAGAAAAGAAACGAGAACAGGAGGAGAAAGAGGUGGAGGAUGAAGGCGGGGGCGGGGUAGCGGGGACGCUGGGGGCUGCUUUUAACACCCCUCCGGAAAAGGAGCGCAAAGGGGUGGUCCACAUUCGUGAGGUGGGGGGCUUGCUGUGUGUUGUAAGGACAGUCUACCCCAGUGACUUUGGGUCCCCAGUUUGGAGAGGGGACAGUUACCAUGACAACGAGGUGGAAGUAGAGGUGCGUGCCGAACCUCCAGCCGCAUCCCCAGUGACUGGGAACAUCCUCAAAGUACAGCUUUCUGAGGAGGACAUCAUGAGAGCCGAAAUUGCCGCCUCCUGUCUCAAUAAGACAAAAGUCAAGGAAGGCACAGUGACUGGAAACAAAGUACAACUGUCUGAGGAGGACAGCAGGAGAGCCAAAAUGGAUGCCAGGACCGCUUUCCUGAUGGGGACCCAAGAAACUACAGAAGUCAAGGAACUUAGUCUGCAUAAACCAGCCCGGGUCCAAGAGGGGCUAUUAAUUCAGAACCCUUUUGCCUUUGGCUAUGCCAGUGAUCUGCUACUCACCUCCCCAGAGGCAGGGGGCGCCACCCAGGUAGGCAGGGUUGGCCUGACCCAAAGGAGAGACAAUAUGGACACCUCAGGUCCCAGUAUGACUACCAACCUUACGGGGACCCAGGAAACCACGAAAGUCGAGGGACCCUCGUUACAGGACCCUCUGUCCUCAGGCUAUGCCAGCGACCUCCCACUAACCUCCCCAGAGGCAGGGGGCGCCACCCAGGGAGACUGGGAAAGCUCCAGAGAGGGACUGGACUCUGCAACAGACAGUCCUCUAUCUCCACCCCAGGUCCCCACAAAGCAGUUCCCUCAGAUCUCGGAGAUCUAUGUGAGCGGUGAGUCUGGGGACCUGACGGCUAAGGAGAAGCUGUUGUUAUGGAGCCAGCAGGCCACAGAGGGCUGGCCUGGCCUCCGCUGUACCAACUUCUCCUCCUCCUGGAGCGACGGGCGCAUGUUCAACGCCCUGCUCCACCGAUUCAGGCCAGACCUGAUUGACAUGGAGGUGGUGGCGCAGCAGAGUAACCUUGACAACCUGGAGCAGGCCUUUGAGAUCGCAGAGUCACUAGGGGUGACCAGACUUCUGGACGCUGAAGAUGUGGACGUUCCGUCUCCAGAUGAGAAGUCGGUCAUCACAUACGUCUCCUCCAUCUACGAUGCCUUCCCCAAGAUCCCAGAGGGAGGAGAGGGCAUCGCAGCACACGAGGUGGACCACCGCUGGGCAGAGUACCGCUCUCGUUUCUCCAUGCUGCUCCAGUGGAGCCGGCAGCACAAGGCCCUCAUGGCCAACAAGAACUUCCCACUGGACCCUGUGGAGCUCAAGGCACUUUACAAUGAGUACGUCCAUUUCAAGGAGACCGAGAUCCCUGCCAAGGAGCUGGAGAAGAGUCGCGUAGAACACCUCUACAAACUGCUGGAGGUAUGGAUGGAGUUUGGGCGCAUCAAGCUGCCCCUGGGCCUGCACCCCAAUGACCUGGAGGAGGAGUGGGGCAAGCUGAUCCUGGAGAUGCUGGAGAGAGAGAAGGCCCUGAGGCCCGCUGUGGAGAGACUGGAGUUAUUGCUGCAGAUGGCCAAUAAAAUCCAGAACAUGGCCCUGGAUUGUGAGGAGAAACUCACCCUGGCCAAGAACACACUACAGGCCGACAUGUCCCUGGUGGAGAGUGGCGAGGCGGUGCGUUGUGAGAGGGAGCUGGGCUUGUACCUGCAGGACUGUGAGGUUCUGAUCAGACAGCUCAACCUGGACCUCAACAUCCUCCGAGACGAGAAGUACUACCAGGUGGAGCAGCUCGCCUUCAGAGCGUCCUGUCUCCACGAGGAGCUGGUCUCUCUCCGGCUCCAGUGCUCCAGCGUCUACAGGAAGGGCCACUUCUCCCCGGUGACGGGGGGAGACCGGACGGCCCCGCGGGGGAGCGACAGUGGUCUCUCCCUGUCCACGGGGGCCCAGACCCUGCUGGGGGCAGUGGGCGUGGUGGGGGCGAUGGGGGCGGCGUUGCUCAGGAGACCCAUGUCCCGCUCUCAGCUGGUGGCCAUGUCGUCCUCGGAGGACGAAGGAAGUCUCCGGUUCAUCUAUGAGCUCCUGGGAUGGGUUGAGGAGACACAGGACGUGCUGGAGCGUGCCGAGUGGGGGGCGGACCUGCCCUCUGUAGAGCAGAACCUUCAGGACCACCAGAACGUCCACACUGCCGUGGAGGACCUCCUGCACAGCCUGAAGGAGGCCCGCAACUACGAGACCAAAGUCUCUCCGAACUUCAGGAGCAGUUAUUCUGACACUCUGGCCAAGCUAGAGCAUCUAUACUGCAAACUACUGGAAUUCUCGUCAUGGCGUCUGCGCUGCCUGGAGAGCCUGCAUGCGUUUGUGUGUCGCUGUACAGAGGAGCUGAUCUGGCUCAACGAGCGAGAAGAGGAGGAACUGGCCUUCGACUGGAGUCAAAACAAUACAAACGUCAAUGCCAAGAGAGAGCUAUACGCCGAAAUGAGGUCAGAGCUGGAGGAGAAACAGGAAGUGAUGCACUCGCUGCAGGAAACAGCUGACCGGCUCUGUCAGGAGAACCACCCGGCCAAACAGACAGUGGAGGCGUACAGUGCAGCGCUGCAGACCCAAUGGCAGUGGGUACGCCAGCUGUGUGUGUGCGUGGAGCAGCAUCUCAAAGACAAUACUACCUACUUCCAGUUUGUGAGUGACGCACGGGACUGCGAGACGUACCUGCGUCAGCUCCAGGACACCAUAAAGAGGCAGUACACCUGUGACAAGAGCAGCAGGCUGGGCAAGCUGGAGGACCUGCUGCAAGACUCUAUGGAGGAGAAGGAGCAGCUGAUUGAGUACCGCAGCUCGGUGGCCAGCCUGGUGGGCCGGGCCAAGACGGUGGUGCAGCUCCGCCCCCGCAGCGCAGAGAGCACCCUGGGAAGCACCACGCCCAUCCGCGCCAUCUGUGACUACCGGCAGAUAGAGGCUAACGCUCAGAUCACCAUCAGCCGAGGUGAGGAGUGUGUGUUGGCGGACAACUCUCAGAGGACUAAAUGGAAGGUGAUCAGCCCCAGUGGAAACGAGGCUAUGGUGCCGUCAGUCUGCUUCACCGUGCCACCGCCCAACCAGGAGGCCAUGGACACCGCCAGCAGGAUGGAGCAGCUGUACCAGAACGUGAUGUCUCUAUGGCACAAUCUACACGUCAGCAUGAAGAGUGUGGUCUCCUGGCACUACCUGCAGAAAGACAUCAGGACCGUGUCCUCUUGGAGCCUGGACACGGUACGUUCCCAGACCCCUGUGGCGAGGGAGCAGGCUCUGGACCACCUGGAGGCCCACCUGGCUGACUUCCUCUCUGACAGCAAAGAGAGCGGCCUCUUCACCCCGACCGAGAGACGCGAGCUGGAGAGAGACGCCCACACCGCCCAGGAACACUGCCAGGACCUGCUGGUCAACAUGGAGACGGUGGAGAAGGAUGAGUCUGUCUCUCGGUCCUACCUGUCAGAGCUCCAGAACAUUAAACUGCGUCUGGAGGAGGCGGAGCAAAGGCUGAUGUGUGGCAUUCAGACUCCUCCCCCUAGCAACCGAUCGGGUGACAGCAUCGACAACACUGUUCAAAUUGCAGAGCAGGAGAAGCUGCAGUCAGACCUGGAUGGUCUGCGGACCAGUCUUGGUGAGGUGUCGCGUCGCUGUGUGAGUUUCUUUGAGGAGAAGCCCACCUCCUCCAGUGUCCCCGUGCUGCGCUCUGAACUCAACCUGGCUGUGGAGAAGAUCGACAGACUGCACAACCUCUCCUCCGUCUACCUGCACAAACUGAAGUCCGUAGAUGUGCUGAUGUACAGCUUGCAGGCUGCCGAGAGCCAGGUGAAGAGGUACGAGAGCAGGCUGAGUGAGGAGGACAUCGUCCCUGCAGACACCAAUGCCAUCCAGGCCCUAUGGGAACAAUUGGGGACGUGGCAGUCGGAGCUUGAGGACCAGGAAGGGGUGUUUAGCUCCCUGCAGUCAGAGGUACAGAAGGCCCGAGAGGCGGGGACUCAGCUGAACAGGCUCCACCCAGACCGCAGCCCGGAGCUGGAGCGCUACCAGGAGAAAGCCUCCCAGCUCACCGAGAGGUGGGCCGGAGUCAAGAGACAGAUGGACACACGGCGAGGGGAGCUGGAAGCCCUGGGCUCGGUCCUGCAGCAGUACAGAGAUGGUCACUCUGCUCUGAUCCACUGGAUAGAGGAGACCACUGAGAGACAGGAAAACACCCAGCCUGGAAAGACUGACAGCAAAGUCCUGUCUGAACAACUAGCACAACAAACGGCAUUAGUAGCCGACAUCGAAAAGAACCAGACCAAACUGGAUGAGUGCCAAACGCACUCAAAACAGUAUUGCACCUCUGUGAAGGACUACGAGCUGCAGCUGAUGACAUUCAGAGCGUUUGUGGAGUCGACGCAGAAGUCGACCGGGAAGAGGAGGAGGAUGCACUCUUCAUCAGACGCCAUCACGCAGGAGUUCAUGGACUUGCGCACGCGCUACACAGCCCUGGUUACCUUGACGACGCAGCACGUUAAGUACAUCAGCGAUGCACUGAGGAGGCUAGAGGAAGAAGAGAAAGAGGUGGAGGAGGAGAGGCAGCAGAGGGUAGGCCAGGUGUCAGAGCUGCUGGGCUGGGUCAAGGGCCUCCAGGGCCGAGCAGGGGACCCCUCCGCCGAGUCAUCCAUCGCAGCGCAGGAGGCUGUGAGUGAGCAGUUAGCGGCUAAGAAGGAGGAGGUGGCUAAGGUUAUCAGGAACACCCAAGUCUUCCUGAUGUCGAAACAGGCCAGCAAGUUGUCCCCAGAGGAACGUGCCCAGGUAACCUCCCAGCUGGACGAGCUGACUGCCACCUACAGCCAGCUGUGUGACAGUUCCACCGCCCAACUGCAACAGCUGGUGCAACAGCAGGCCAAAGAGGAGCAGAGAAAGAGCCAAUCUGCCAUUGGCGGAGUUAUUGACCUGGGCACCAUGGAAACCGUCCCAGUCUUCCAAGCUGCACAGCGUGGCCUCAUAGACCUGGACACCAGCCAUGUCUUGUUGGAGGCCCAGCUCACCGUGGGCGGGUUGUUUCAGCCUGACUCCCCUGUGAGCCUAUCACUGGAAGAGGGCCUCAACUGUGGCCUGAUUGAUAGUCGCAUCAGCCAAUCCCUAUCAGAGCUGGAGAGUGCCUUGCAUCUUGUCGACCAGACAGAACAAUUGGAGGGCCAGCUCCUCCCAGUGGCUGCAGCCAUGGAGGCGGGCCUUAUCAAAGAGGAGGUGGGGCUGCGUAUCCUGGAGCUGCAGAUAAACACAGGAGGCCUGAGGGAUUUAGGAGAAGGUAGACUAACCUUGAAUAGUGCUGGAGAGAUGGGCCUGCUGACCCCAAGGGUCUACACCAAGCUCGGGUCACGGGUCAAUCGGCGGGAGCUUAUUGACCCCAACACAGCCGAUAAACUGAAUCUGUCUGAACUGCAGCAGCGCUGCGUCCUCAGCGAUGACACCGGCUUGUAUCUGCUGCCAGUGAAACAGCAGCCAGGAGGAACAGUCUGUCUCCGAUCUGGCAGGAAGGUCGGGAUCUUCCGUGCCGUCCAAGAGGGACUGAUUGACAGGCAAGUAGCAGUGAGAUUACUGGAGGCCCAGCUGUUUGCUGGUGGCAUCUCUGACCCCCGUUCUGGGCAUCUUCUGACUGUGAACGAUGCUGUGCGUCACAAUCUGAUGGACCAGGACCUGGCCUGUGCCAUGCUGACCCGCCAGCUGCAGAGUGGUGGGAUACUAAACCCUGUAACUGGGGAUCGCCUAAGGGUGGAGGAAGCCAUCCAGACAGACCUGCUCUCACCUCAUUUGGCCCUUCUGGUGCUCGAGUCCCUCUGGGCUUUUAUAGGGAUGCUCUGGCCUGAGUCAGGGGAGCUGCUGCCCAUUGCAGAGGCUCUACAACAAGGGGUAAUCUCGGGAGAACUAGCUUGGAACAUCCUGAGACAACGCCAUGCGAUAGGCGCCCUCUACCUUCCGGAAACCCCCAACGUUGUGUCCCUGAAUCAGGCUAAGGAGGUCCUUGAACCCAAAGUGGCUGAGAUUCUGAAGGAGAUUCAGAUCCCAGAUGUGCUACACAAUAUGAACCAGUCAGGUUCCCCAAAACUGAAUCGCCUAAUCUGGGGCUCCACUGGCACAUCCCAUCCUCAGUCCUCUUCUCCAGGGCUCAACUGUGACCCCUCAUUCCUGGAGAAAAUGGCCCCUGAGGAGCAGGCACAUCACCGCCUGCUUUUCCAUGUAAUGACCCACAGCUAUGUGGAUGCCCAUUCUGGCCAGCGCUUAGUGCUGCUCGAGCCUGAGCUGGUGGAACUUGUCAAGGCUGCUGCUGGUCUGAUCAAUGUGGAUCCUAUACCUGGAGUGGUUGAGGAAGGGUUGAGUUUGACUACAGAAAGACAGGAGUGUAUGGAAGUGGCGCCAGAUGUAUGUUUGCCGGAUACUCCGCAGACAAGGGAAGUUGGAAAGGUCCAAGAAAAGAGUGCAAUAUUCAGCUUGCCUGAAAAAUAUACUUAUCCCAGAAAGAUGGUAGAAGAAGCUGAUAAUCAAGGAUGGGAUGGUACACCUGACACAUUGCAGGCUAAUCAAACUGGAAUAAAGGAGAUGGGACAGGUAGACCUUGACUCAACCAUGAGAAUAAGUGAGGAGGUAGAUGGAGGUGUACAUAGAGAAGUAAAAGGUGAAAAGGAUGAAAUGGUUAGUUUUGAAAGUGCCCCGCCCUCAGCUGGACUACCGGAAACGCAAUUAAUUACAGACUCGUAUGAAGAUGGGCUGGUAGCGAUGGAAUCAGAGGGCGCAAGAGAGAGUGGUCACAGGAAGGCGAAGGAGGAGGACUCACUCGUGGAAGAUGUUGACAGUCCACUUGUGGAAGCGUUAGAAAUGUACUCGACACCGGUAAAGCCAGAGACUUUGAUGCCAACCCAAUAUUUCAAAGAACCUGAUAUCUCCCCAUCAGAGGCAGAUGAAAAGGAGAGUGUGCCUGUGAGUGUUGAAGUUAAGUAUGCUGUGAAGGAUACUCAGAGGGUCACAGAGAAGACCCUACCCCAGGUUAUGGGAUUAGAGGCAGCAGUGGUGAAGACUGAGGAGGAUGUUGAGCUGGAAAAGUUGGCCUCAGAGCUUCAGCAAGGGGGUCUACUGACUGAAGGUGGGCAGCGGCUUCUCCCAGAUGAAGCCGUGGCUCAGGGGGUCCUCCCUGGACACACUGCAGUCAAGCUGAUGGCCAAGGCAGGACUUUUCGGAGGUUUCCUGGAUGUCAGCGCGUGCGAAUCCCUGAGCAUGGAGGAUGUGAUGCAGGAGGGUCUGCUUGACGAAGACCUGAUGUGGCGUGUGCUGAAAUCAGAGAAGACCCUGGCAGGGGUAGUGGAUGUAGAGAAGGGGAAGAUUUGUACCCUGAAGGAUGCUGCUCAGGCAGGCCUGAUAGACUCCAACACAGCUGCUCGGCUCCUGGAGGCCCAGGUGGUCUCAGGGGGAGUGGUUGACCUGCGAAGAGACAAAAAAGUGUCUGUUACCCUGGCAGCCAACCUUGGGCUGAUAGAGGAGGACCAAAGAGAGAAGCUAUUUGCAUUGGAGAAGUCAUGCCGUGGAAAAGGCUCAGACCCAGAUGCAUCGCUCACCAAAGCAACAUUGCAGCUGCAAAUGAAUGGGGUUGUAGAUCCCAAAACUAAGUCACCUGUUCCCCUAAAGCAGGCCCUUGAAAGAGGUUUGCUUGGGCAGGAGGAAGUAUAUCAAGCCUUGUCCCAACAAGUGGCGGAGGGUGGCAUCGUGCACCACAACUCUGGAGUUAGACUGUCAAUUUCUGAUGCUUUGCAGCGAGGUCUGGUAGACUGUGCCAUAUCCCCAAAACUGUUGGAGUUAGAGCGGGCAUGUCAGGGAGAGGUAGCCCUCUCUUCAAACCCAGAUGCUGCCCUCCUCCAGGCAUCCACAGGUGCCAUUUUAGACCCCGAUUUAAAGUGUAGACUUACAUUGACAGAGGCUGUCUCUGAUGGUCUGCUAAAUGAGAGCAUUGCCAAGAAAGCAAUGGUUUCUCCAGGUGUAACACAAGGUUUGUUGGAUCCACAAAGUGCCCAAAUUGUGCCUUACUCAGACCUUGUAAACCAAGGCAAGAUUGACAUUAAGAGUGGAAAGCGCUUCUUGGAAGUGAAGCCUUUCAAGGGAAUCCAGGAUAAGCAAACAGGUGAAAUCCUGAACCUAGCUAAAGCGAUUGCAUCUCAACAAGUUGAUCCAGUCCCAGCACUCAGAAUGUUGCAAAGCCAGGCAGACACUGGAGGGAUUAUUGAUAUUUCCAAUGGAGCUAGGAUCCCUCUGCCUAAAGCCUCUAAGAAAGGGCUGGUGGGAGAACAUAUGGCCAGGCUCAUUGCCACCAACCAGGUUCUGAGAGGGGGCUUGCUUGACCCUUCCACUGGGCAGAGAGUCUCAAGCCUGAAGAAAGCUGUCAAAGAUGGGCUUAUAUCCAGAGAAAUGGCUGCAGAGCUCCAGGACAACUUGGGCUCCACGGAAGUAGAACGUGACGAUGAGGAUAGUUCAACACCCGUUGCCUCUUCAAGUGGGACCUAUAGUCCUCCAGACACAUUAUCAAUAUCCAGUCCAGACAGCCAAGCCAGACAGCCAAACCGAACCAAACCAAUAAUUAUCGAAACCUCUGAAGUGAUUUCUCCAACCCCACAUCCAGAAGAGUCGGAGAAAAGGUACAACCUUUUGAUGAUCGCGGAGGACAUUGCGAAGACUCUAGAAGCUGCAACAUUCACGCAGUCAGGAGCUAUGCAACACCAUGGCUCUGUUUACAUUGAAGACGAGAUGGAACAGGCCUCAAUAGCCGGGAAGUCAUCGGAAAUUGAGUCAAACCAGUCAAUCAAUUUGUUGGCUCAGUUUACAAUCAAUGCAGAGAAAAGGCUUCAGGAGGCCCUUCAGGAGAUGGAGACGCAGCAAGAUGUUACUGUUGGAACACCAGAAAAAGAUAGCAAAAAUGUGUCUAGAUCAGUGGGUGAAAGAAGUUCAAUCAUGUUGCAGGGGCAGUCUGCUUUGGGCAAAGAACCACGGAUGGAUUCGACAGUGGCCAUUGGCAGAGAAGGUAGAGAUCAAGAGGGCAGCAUAGACAUGUCUACCCUAGUUGAGAGAGAUGAAGGGAAGACACAUGUGGUAGAAGACAGUACUGAGAGAGUGGUGGAGCAAGGUAGAAUGGAGGUUGAGCAGGAUACAAAGAUUGAGGCCAGAGAGCGUGAUGAUCUUGGACAUGCGUCAGCCAAUUCUAAGGAGGCCGAAGGUAAGAGCAAAAAGAAGAGGAAGAAUAAGAAGAAAGGAAAAGGAAAGGAGGUCGAAACUGAGCAAAGACCCUCAGAAAAAGCUGAUAUACAGAAAACGGAAAACAAAGACCACAAUGCACAUUCAGAGGGUAAAGGUCAUAAUUGUAAGGAUACGGGUGCUGAGUCCACUGGAGGUUAUGUUACCCUGCAGGAGAAAGAGGAGUCACCUGUGCAAGAUGUUCAAUCUGCACUCAAAGGUGCUAAGGUACAGACUGUUGAGAGGUUUGGCGAUCCAAAGGGUAUUGGCAAAGUAAGGGAAGGUUCUACAGUUCCACCAGGAGCCAUAGCAGAUGCUCCCGAGGUAGAGAGAGAGGGUACGGAGAACAAGGUCUUCUUGGUUCAAAGACGGGUAGAGAAGAACAAAACAUCCAAGAUAUCUAAAGCAUCAGAGAAGGUUGAACCUGUGACAGAAGAGAUACCAUCCAUCCACGAUCAAGCCGAUUCUGAAGUGGCACUAACGAAGGCUGUUCUCGAAAGCUUAGACAAAAAGGCUAAGAUACCCAUAGCAGCAGAAAAGGUUGAACCAGCGACAGAGGAGAGAUCAUCCGUCCACAAGGAUGAGCAAAAGUGGGAGGUGGAGCAGAUUGUGGAAAAGAGUGAUCCAGAUGGGGUGGAGACAGUUUCUCAACAGACUGGACAGCAGGAGCAUAAGGAUAGGAAAGAGGUGGAAUUCACUCUGAAAACCACCCCAGUAGCCAACGAUAAAGAGGCCCUUUUACUGAAGGCAAAAGAGAGUAUUCUAAGGAAGGUGUUGGGGCGUGGUGUUAGUGAGAAGCAAGCUGCAGAGGAGCUAGUGGCACUGCGUCAGGUAGUGGGGAAGAGAGAGAGUUUGGUGACGUCCGAAGAGGAGGUUAAGACUGUGGGGAGUCCUCCUGAGGUUUCACCAGAAGAGAGGGAGGGCAAGGAAAUUGACAAGAAGGGAGAAGGAGAAAGGGAGAAAGUUGCGCCUGACCAUUCUACAGUAACUGUAGCAGCAGAGGAAGUGAAGAAGGCUUUAGAAGUAGAGAAAGAGGAGAAAGUUGCGCCUGACCAUUCUACAGUAACUGUAGCAGCAGAGGAAGUGAAGAAGGCUUUAGAAGUAGAGAAAGAGGAGAAAGUUGCACCUGACCAUUCUACAGUAACUGUAGCAGCAGAGGAAGUGAAGAAGGCUUUAGAAGUAGAGAAAGAGGAGAAAGUUGCGCCUGACCAUUCUACAGUAACUGUAGCAGCAGAGGAAGUGAAGAAGGCUUUAGAAGUAGAGAAAGAGGAGAAAGUUGCGCCUGACCAUUCUACAGUAACUGUAGCAGCAGAGGAAGUGAAGAAGGCUUUAGAAGUAGAGAAAGAGGAGAACGUUCGAUCAGACCAGUCUAAAAGGGAAGAGGAAGGGGAGAAGGUUGUGUUAGACCAGAUUGAAGAAGGAAAGGAAGAGGAUACAUCUCUAACAGACCAGCUUAAAGAGACCAAGUCAGGAAAGAAAAAGAAAAAUAACAAAAAGUCUAAGAUGGUAGAAAAAGUUGAACCUGCAACAGAGGAGAAGCCAUCCAUCCACAUUAGAGCAGAUUCGACACCGGCUAAUGUUGACAGCUCAGUCUCUGGGGAUGAGCGGAAGACUGAGAAGCAGCAAGACGGUCAAUCAGACAGUGAUGUAACAAGGGUGGCAAGUGGUGACGAGAUGAACAAAAUGGCCGCCUUUACUAAGAGUCCUAGUGGAGUUGACACCAAUCAACAAAGAUCGACCCACACCACUGCACCAUACCAAGUCGAUGUACAUCUGGAGGAGAAAACUGAGGAGGACAUUUCUUUGGGGAGAGAAACUGAUCCGUGUGGCAAAGAAAUUGAACAAUUUAGGAUUGGUACACCUGAGAAAGAUGUCCACCCAGACGGCCAUCGUGUUAUUGACAUUGUGGAUGCCUCUCAUGAAGCCCUUGUAUCCAUGUCGGGCGCCCAUCUGGUCAAGGCCUCUGUGGCACCUGCGACCAAGCCGGCUAAAACCACUGGCAAAAUGAAGAAGAAAAAGAAACAACAGAAGGAGCAGAAACUCGACAGUCCCACUGAAACUGAAUCUAAAGAGGAAAAGUACCUUGAGUCCACAGAAUCAGGACGGUCCUGGUCUGUUGAGACCCCACACUCUGAUGAGAUUGUUGAAUCUGAUACAACAGAAGUACCUGAUUCUGAGACAACUGACAGCUGGAAGGAGGAUGGAGAAAUCCAAGCAUUGGAGAUAACAAAAGAGAAAAGCCCAGCUAAGAAGGGAAAGUCCUCGUUGCUCCGCCAGGAAUGCCUGGAACGUGACCAGCAAAUUGUGGCUCUGCUCUCCAUGGUGAGACACAUCGAGGUCCGCGUCAAGCAGCAGCAGCAACAGUCGAUUGGUCGCAGCCUCAUUGCUCUUGAUGACAUCAUCAAACAAACAGAUACCUUGGAUCUAGAACUUCGGGAUUUAGAACCCCAGGUCAACAAGGCAGUGGAUGCUGCUGGGCAUCUGCUGGAGCCCCGCCCACAGGAAGUCCCACCUCAGCUACUAUUGGCCUUGGAGAAGGAUGGCCGAAGCUUAGCUCGAGGUUACAAGGCUGCCAGAGGGGUCUCUGAAAACAUCCUGCAGGGGCUGCACGCACACAGAGACGCAUAUACGGAGGCAUUGACUGGAGAACAGAAGUCACUUGGAGGGCGAGUCGAGGAUAUUCUUUCCUGGCUGAAGGAGACUGAGGCACAAAUGACAGGAAUGGAUGGACAAACCCAGGGCGAGACUCCUGCUCAGCUCACACAACGGCUCCAGCUGUGCAAGGAGUUGCAGUCGUCUCUCUCGGCCCGCUCCAAUGACGUCAACACGGUGGCCUUUGACAUCCAGGUGUUCAUCUCGGAGCGGGCUCAGGACCUGGCUCCCGAACAGAGCAGGCACCUCCUGGGGCAGCUACAACAGCUCCAGAGGGGCUUCCACCGAGCGGCUGGCCAAGCCCACGCCAAGGCCGACGCCCUCGCCGCCCAGAGAGAGAUGGAGGAGGAGAGGCAGCGCAGGCGCAAAGAAAAAGAAGAAGAGGAGAAGGAGAGAGAAAGAGCGAGAGAGAGCGCAAGGGAGAGAGAGGUGGUGCAGCAGCAGAAGGCAGAAUGCUCACAGAAAUUGGAAGGCCUUACGAUGUGGUUGGCUGGAGCGGCCAGCAUGCUGGCCAAUCAAAGAGCGGUAGCCGAGUCAGGUGACGUGAAUGUGCUGCAGCAGAAACAGAGAGAGUUAAAGGACGUACAGAAGGACCUGCUGACCAGAGGCGAGGGCGUAGCGGAGACCAUCCGCUCGGUGGAGGAGUUCCUGGCGGAGCACGGUGACAGCCUGAGUCCAGAGGAGAGGGCCAACCUCCAGGGGGCACUGUCCCGUAUGAAGGAGCAGUACAGUGCACUGACCGACACGGCCCAGUCCUCCCUGGUCCAGCUAGACACGGCCAUCAGCACCACCGUCCAACAGAACACACAGAGGGCGAAGGCAGUAGAGGAGCUGCAGGAGACUCGGGGCCAGAUCGACUCGCUGCUAGAGGAGCUCUCCUCACUCAACCAGCCUGGGAUGACCGUUACUGACCACCUCUCCUCGUCCUCCUCCACAUCGCCAGAGGGAGGUCUCCAAUCACACAGCGACAUGCUCCAGGCGGAGCUCCAGCAGCUCCAGGCACAGCAGGCCCAACUGAUGCAGGUGUCCCAGAACGCUCGCUCCCUCCUGGACCAGCCCGACUCGGCCGUGCCAGCUGAGGAGAAACGCCGUCUGCGGGUCCAGCUUGACCAGCUCCAGACCCAACACCAGGAGAAGCUGCGGGCCUGCCAGGAGAGACUGAGGCGCUCGGAGGCCCUUAAGGACGAACUGGCCAAGUUCCUCCAGGAGCACGGAGGCCUGGGGACCUGGCUGGAACAGAGUGAGGGGGAGCUGGGUUCCCUGGGGGAAGGAGAGACUGACGCACAGGGCCUGAAGGGGAGACUGGAAGAGCACAGGAAGCUGGCGGAGGAUGUGAUCUGCCACAAGGCAGACCUGCGCUUUGUGUCCAUCUCUGGUCAGAAGGUGCUGGACUCUGUCCAGGGGGCUCUGGAGAAGCUAGGAGGGUCUGACCCAGCCCUGGAGGAGACCAAGCAGCUGGUCACGGGCAAGUUACAGGACGCCAACCACCGCUACACCGCGCUGCACACCAAGUCGUCAGAUCUGGGCGGGCGUCUGUCGGGUCUGUUGGAGCGCUGCCAGCAGUACCAGGACGAGGCUGUGUCGCUCCACACCUGGCUCAGCGCCCAGGAACAGAACCAGAGUAUAGCCGGACCCAGCGGAGAGACGGACACACAGACACUACAGAACACACUGCGGGCCGUACAGCUGUUGCAGGAUGAGCUGGCGGAGAGGUCAGUCCAGUUGGAGAAGGUGAGGAGGUCAGGCAGAGAGCUGGCUGACGCACGGGAGUCCCCCACUCUCAGAGCUGCUGAGAUCACCAGCACUGCAGAUGGUCUGGAGAAGAGGUUCAGCUCUCUGUCUCAGUCCGUGUCGGAGCGGGCUGAGCAGCUCCAGACGUCCGUAGCCCAGUCGGUCAGUGUCCAGGAGGGGCUGAAGGGGCUGCUAGCAUGGCUGGACGGCCUGCUGCUGACCCCCGGGCCCGUCCAACCUACCGCCCAGGCUGUCCAGGACGCCCUCACACAGAAUCAGAAACUACGCCAGGAGCUGUUAUCCAGACAGGGAAGUGUGGAGGCCACCUGUGACUCUGUCUCCAAACUGCUCCAGACCUCUGACGCCUCCACGGCCUCCGGGCUCCAGGCGUCACUAGAGAGCCUGACCCAGAGCUACGCCGCAGCACAGGCCAAGCAGGCCGAGAGGGAGGCUGAGCUCCGGGGGCUCCUGCCCAAGCUGGAGAACUAUGAGAGACUGAGUGCAGACCUGCAGGGUUUCACUCAGACCUGCCUGAGAGCUCUGAGCCCUGUGGGACAGCCUGACCGCAGUGUGGAGGACUACAGACAGACCAUAGAGGGGGUGAGAGCGGAGCAGGAGCAGGAGGCAGGUCACCUGAAGUCCUUCUGCCAGCUGGGGACAGACCUGAGCCAAGCCAAGGCCCUGACCAGCACACAGACCCUACUGGACAAUGUCAGAGAGGUGUCCGAUGAGUUCGCCCGACUGGAAUCCAACAUCAAUGAAAGGUACAAUGCCAUCCAGAGUUGUGAGCAGCAGUUGGGCCAGUUCCGGUCUCUCUCUAGCUCCCUCCUCAGGUGGCUCCAGACAACACAGGAGCAGCUGCCUCUCAAAGAGCCCAACGUCAACACAGAGGCCCUGCAGAGGAGAGUGCAGCAGCUCAAGGACUUACUGAGUGACUGGGAGGCCCAAGGGGUUCGGGUUCUGGAGCUGAACAAGACUGGAUCAGAACUGGAGACCCUUAUCAUAAACAUCACAGCCCCCCAGACCAAGACAGGUGUUCCCCAGGUCAAUGGUGCAGGAAGCCCCAGCAGUGUCAAUGGCAUUCACACAUGCAAAGACCUGACAGAGCUGCAGGUUGCGGUGGCGGAAGUGAACGGUCGUUACGAGGAGCUGGGAGAGGAACUGAAGGACCGACAGUCGCGCCAGGAGGCCUCUCUGGAGCUGAGGCAGAAGGCCAGGCAGAGCACCGAGGAGCUCAGCCGCUGGCUGGGAGACCGGGAGAACAGCCUGCACCUGGGCCAGACUGCCGCCUCCCCCUCCAAACCGGAGGUGGUACGCGCCCAGGCCCAGGAGAACAAAGCCUUGCUGUCGGAGCUGGCAGAGCAUUCUGGGAAGGUGAAGGAGCUGAAGAGCACCCUGGAGAAGCUGAUAGCAGACAACCCAGACUCCCCAGAGGCAGACACCUGGAGACAACAAAUGAAGGAGAUCGACUCCCGCUGGGCAAAGGCCAAUGAGGUGGCGGUACAGAGGCAGGCGGAACUGGAGACCUGUGCUGAUAGGCUGGGCAGCUUUGCCACAGCAGCCAGUCAGUUGGGGCCGUGGCUCAAAGAGAAGGAGCUGAUGAUGAGUGUGCUGGGACCCCUGAGCAUCGACCCCAACAUGUUGAACACCCAGAAUCAACAAGUGCAGUUCAUGCUGCGUGAGUUUGACACCCGCCGGCCCCAGUUUGACCAGCUCACCCAGGCGGCCGAGGGCAUCCUUUCACCGUCUGGUGGCGACUCCUCCCCGCAGGAUGCCAAGGACCUAGCGGAGGUCCGGUCCGAGCUGGGCUCCAUCUCGCAGCAGUGGGACGACCUCACUCAACGUCUGUCCCGGCGCUCCGGGCACAUCGGCCAGGCUCAGGGCACCAGCGAGCGAUACCAGGCCCUGCUGAAGAACCUAUCGGUCAACGUUGGGGCGCUAGGGGAGCGGCUGGACGGCCAAGCCUCGCUCAGUGCCCAGCCCGAGGCCCUGAAACGGCGUCUGCAGGAGACAGGCGAGAUCCGCUCUGAGCUGGAGCAGAGGAGAGAGGAGCUGGGCGAGGCAGAGAAGCUGUGCGGCGAGCUGAGUGCCAUCGUGGUUGAACCUUACCUGAGAGACGAGCUGAAGAAGAGGCUGGAGAGCGUGAGUGGCCCGCUGAGGAGUCUGGAGGAGAGGGCUGCGGACGGUCUAUCCCAGCUCCAAGCCGCUCUCUCCAGCACCCAGCAGUUCCAGCAGAUGUUCGAGGAGCUGCGGAGCUGGCUGGACAACCAGAGUGGUCAAAGAGACUCUACCGCCGACUCCCUCCCCUGCCAGCCCGAGGCUAUCCGGACCCUGCUUGCCCAGCAAGACGAGCUUCAUCGCGGGGUGGCCAGCCAACGUGGCCCCUACGAGCUCAUCCAGGCCGAGGGGGCCUCCCUGCUCGCCUCGCUACCCGCCGGCGGUGAAGAACGAUCAGCCUUACUGUCCCGGCUUACCGCCUUACGCCAGGACUGGGAUGAGCUCAACCAGUGCACAACGGAACGCCAGAACCGGCUGAAAUCCGCCCUGACCAAGGCCGAGAGUUAUCAGCAGCACCGCGCCGAGCUCACACCCUGGGUGGUGGAGUGCGAGGAGCGGGAGGCUGACAUCCAGCUCUCACUAGACCCUGCGGCCCUGGAUGAGGCUUUGCAGAAGGCCAGACAGCUGGGGUUGGAUCUAGAGCGCCGACGCCCCCUUCUGGAGGCUUUAAACAUUGCGGCCGACCAACUCCUGGAACACUGCCUUGUCGGAGAAGAAGACGUACGCGACGACAAAGCCCAACUAAACCGUAGAGUCGACGGGCUGGCAGAAAACCUCCAAAACCGUGUUUCUCAACUGGAAGAGCUAGCGGGUCGACUUAAAGAGUUUGAGGACGGGCGGCAGGCGGUAGAGAGGAGGCUGGAGGCAGCGCGGCAUCAGAUCGAGGUGCAGGAGGCGCUGGGCCCACAGGCGUGCAGCAACAAGAGCCUGGAGCGGCUGAGGAGCCAGCAGGAGACGCUGCAGUCGCUGCAGCCACAGGUGGCCUACCUGAGGGAUCUGGCCCAGGGGCUGGUGCAGGACGCACCCCACACAGCAGAGGGCGGCGGAGGAGGAGAGGGAGGACAGAGGCUGGAGCAGCAGGCCCGAGACACGGACAGAGAGUUUGGAGACGUCAGCGAAAAGAUUGAAAAGUGCUGUUCCACCCUGGAGUCCCGUCUCCAGGGCGUGGGCGAGGUCCAGUCCUCGGUGCGCGACCUCUUCUCCCAUCUGGCUGACCUGGACGACGAGCUAGACUCGCUGAGCCCCGUGGGGCGCGACGCCGACUCGCUUGCCUCGCAGGCAGAUGCUGUCCACGCCUUCUUAGCUCGCCUGGCCACGUUGAGGUCGGAGCUCGAAGGUCACGGAGGCGACUGCACCGACAUGCUCCGGCGCGAGGGGUCGUCUCCCGAUCUCCUCGCCCUGAGGAGAGAGACUGAGGCCCUGAGCCGCCAGGCUGGGAAGCUGUCCGAAAGGGGCCAGGCCAGAAUGGGACAGAUCGAGGUGGCUGCCGAGAAGGUGGCAGAGUUCUACGCCAAGGUGGCGGAGCUGCAAGGGCUGCUGGGACGGGCCGAGGAGGGGCUGAACGCGCAGGGCGUGGUGGGGACAGAGGUGGAGACCAUCAAGCAGCAGCUGCAUGAGUUCAAGGCGGUGGAGAGGGAGCAGGUGGACAGUAUUCAACCCAAGCUGCAGCGCGUGAACGCGGUGGGCCAGGGCCUGAUCCAGAGUGCAGCCAAACACACAGACACCCAGGCUCUGGAGCAUGACCUAGAGACCACCAACCUCCGAUGGAACUCCCUCAACAAGAGGGUUGCAGAGCGCAUUGCCCAGUUGCAGGAAGCCCUGUUGCAUUGUGGGAAGUUCCAGGAUGCCCUGGAGCCUCUUCUGAGCUGGCUGAGUGACACAGAGGAGCUGGUAGCCAAUCAGAAGCCCCCGUCGGCCGAAUACAGAGUGGUCAAGGCCCAGAUCCAGGAACAGAAGCUGUUACAAAGACUACUGGACGACCGCAGAGCCACCUUUCAGAUGAUCCAGGGCGAGGGGGAGAGGAUCGCAGCCACGGCCGAGACACAGGACAGAGACAAGAUCCAGAAGCAGCUGGAGAGUCUGGGGGAGAGAUGGGGCGAGCUGCUGGAGAAGGCCAGGGCGAGGCAGCGCCAGUUGGAGGAGCUGCAGACGCUGGCACUCCAGUUCCACGAGGCGGUGGAGCCUCUCGGAGAGUGGCUGAGUGCCACCGAGAGACGCCUGAGCACCGCCGAGCCCAUGGGAACCCAGACUUCCAAGAUCACCCAGCAGAUUACGAAACACAAGGCCGUCCAAGAGGCCGUCUCCUCUAGAGGAGCCGAGGUCGACCGCCUCCAGGCCCUCGGCCAAUCCUUGGCGCCCCUCAGCUGCGCGGCCGACCGCGAUUGGCUGGGGGAGCGCGUGGGGGCGGUGCGGCUAGGCCACUCGGAGCUCAGUGAUUGGUGCCAACGCAGGGCCGUCAUGCUGGAGCAGGCCCUGGCCAAUGCCCAGCUGUUUGGGGAGGAUGAGGUGGAGGUGCUCAACUGGCUGGCUGAGGUGGGCCAGCGGCUGGGACAGGUGUCGGUGCAGAGCUACCAGCCGGGGGUCCUCACCCAGCAGCACAAGCACACUCUGUCUCUGAAUGAAGAGAUAGUGAGCAGGAAGAAGCAGGUUGACCAGGCCAUCAAGAACGGACAGGCCCUGCUCAAGCAAACCACAGGUGAGGAGGUUCUGCUGAUCCAGGAGAAGCUGGACGGUAUUAAGUCUCGCUACGCUGAGAUGACGGGCGGGAGCAGCAGAGCCCUCCGCACACUGGAGCAGGCCCUGCAGCUGAGCACGCGAUUCGCCAGCGCCCACGACGACCUCAACCACUGGCUGGACAAGGUGGAGGCGGAGCUCAACGUCAUGGAGCCCGACGCCACGCCGGCCUAUCAGGACCGACAGAAGGAGCUGAAGUGUGUGUCAGCGGAGAAACGUCUGGUUUUGGACACGGUCAACGAGGUGGGCAAUGCCCUCUUAGACCUGGUGCCCUGGCGUGCCCGCGAGGGUCUGGACCGCCUGGUGGCGGACGCCAACCAGCGCUACCGAACGGCGGCGGAGACAAUCACCCAGCGGGUAAAGCUGGUACAGGCUGCCAUCCAGAGGUCACAACAGUAUGAGGAGGCGGUGGAUGCGGAGCUGACCUGGGCUGGGGAGACGGAGAGGAAGCUAUCCUCCCUGGGUCCUCUGAGUCUGGAGCCUGACGUCACCGUGGCCCAACUACAGGUCCAGAGGGCCUUCAAUAUCGACAUCAUCCGACACAAAGACACCGUGGACCAGCUACUCCACACCAGGGACGACAUCCUGGAGACGUGCAGCGACCAGCAGAGAGACGCUCUGGUGGAGAAGACGGACUCCCUGUCUGCCCGCUACGAGGCGGUGAGCCAGCAGCACCAGGAGCGAUUCUCAGCCCUGGAGCAGGCCCAGGUCCUGGUGGCCCGUUUCUGGGAGACCCAGGAGGACCUGGAGCCCUGGCUGGGGGAGACGGAGACACUUAUCGCCCAGCUGCCCCCACCCGCCAUCGACACUGAGGCCCUGCGUCUACAACAGGAACAGAUGAGGCUCCUGAGGGAGUCCAUAGCGGAGCACAAGCCCCACAUCGACAAGCUGCUGAAGAUCGGACCCCAGCUGGCCGCUCUGAGUCACCAGGAGGGGGCCACGGUGAAGCAGCGCUACAGCGACGCCGAAAAACGCUACGUGGCCAUCAAGGAGGUCGUCAAGGGUCGCGCCACCACCCUGGAUGAGGCUGUGUCUCAGUCUGCACAGCUGGUAGAGUUCCACGACAAGAUGGAUCCCCUGCUGGAGACCCUGGAAGGGGCCGUGCAGCGCCUCCGAUCCCCUCCUCCCGUGGCAGCAGAGGCAGAUAAGAUCCGGGAGCAGCUGGCCGACCACAAGGCAACAGGGCUGGAGCUGGACAAACUGCUGCCCUCCUUCUCGGCACUGUGUGCCCGCGGCGAGGAGCUCAUCAGUAGAGCAGCCCACGACGACCCUGCCGCUCAGGCCGUGCGUUCCCGUCUGCUGCGCCUUCGCUCCCUGUGGGAUGAGAUCCGGCAGAGGGCUGAGGAACGGGAGGGGAAGCUGACGGACGUCUUGGACCUGGCUGGGAAGUUCUGGGCCGACAUGGCGGCGCUACUGAGCACGCUCCGUGACUCGCAGGACAUCGUCAGGGAGCUGGAGGAUCCCGGGGUGGACCCCUCACUCAUCAAACAGCAGAUAGAGGCUGCAGAGGCCAUCAAGGCCGAGACAGACGGGCUGAGGGAGGAGCUGGAGUUUGUACGAACCCUUGGGGCUGACCUCAUCUUCGCCUGCGGAGAAACAGAGAAGCCUGAGGUCAAGAAGACCAUUGACGAGAUGAAUGCCGCCUGGGAAGGCCUGAACCGGACGUGGCGAGAGAGGAUGGAGAGGUUGGAGGAGGCCAUGACGGCUUCUGUGCAGUACCAGGAUGCAUUGCAGAGCAUGUUUGACUACCUGGACAACGCAGUGAUCAAGCUGUGUGACAUGUCCACUGUGGGCACUGAUCUGGGAACUGUCAAACAGCAGAUCGAAGAGCUCAAGAUAACAUUAUCGCACUACAAGGUGGAGGUGUACCAGCAGCAGAUAGACAUGGAGAAGCUGUGCCACCAGGGGGAGCUGUUGCUCAAGAAGGUCUCGGACCAGACCGACAGAGACAUGAUCCAGGAGCCCCUCACGGAGCUCCGACACCUCUGGGACAACCUGGGGGACAAGAUCACUCACAGACAGCAUAAGUUGGAGGGUGCGCUCCUGGCACUCGGUCAGUUCCAGCAUGCCUUGUCUGAGCUGCAGUCCUGGCUGAGUCACACCCACGCCACCCUGGACACACAGAGACCCGUCAACUCUGACCCCAAGGCCAUCGAGAUAGAACUGGCCAAGCACCACGUGCUGAGGAACGACGUGCUGUCCCAUCGGUCCACGGUGGAGACGGUGAACGCGGCGGGGGCCGAGCUGCUGGAGUCCAGUCCCGGGGACGAGGCCAACCACCUCCGCGGCCAGCUGGACCACCUCAACCGCGGCUGGGAGAACCUGCUACUCAAGACCCAGGACCGACAGAAACUACUGGAGGCCGCACUGCACCAGGCGGAGGGUUUCCAUGGUGAGCUGGAGGAGUUCCUGCAGUGGCUGAGGAGGACAGAGAGCCAGCUGUCUGCAGCCAAACCCACAGGUGGCCUGCCUGAAACGGCCCGGGAGCAGCUGCAGCAGCACCUGGAGCUCCAGACCCAGUUGGCCCAGCGUGCUGAGCAGUACAACCGGCUGCUGGACGCGGGAGAGUCCAUGUUGCUUUCCCGCGGGGGGGAGGAGGGUGGCCCCGGAGCUGGUACGACCCAGACUCAACAGAACUUGGCCCUGCUGCAGAACAAGUGGGCCAGCCUGAACACCAAGAUGGACGACCGCACGGCGAAGCUGGACGAGGCGGUGUCGCUGGCAACAGGGUUCCAGUCCUCCCUCCAGGACACCAUCAACUGGCUGACCCAGGCAGAGCAGACCCUCAACAUGGCCCAGCCCCCCUCCCUCAUCCUGGACACUGUACUCUUUCAGAUAGACGAACACAAGGUGUUUGUGAAUGAGGUGAACACCCACAGGGAGCAGGUGCUGGCCUUGGAGAAGGCCGGUUCUCAGCUGCGUUUCGCCAGUAUAAAGCAGGAUGUGGUUCUGAUCAAGAACCUGCUGCUGAGUGUACAGGCCCGCUGGGACAAGCUGGUGCAGAGGUCCCUGGACCGUGGCAGACACCUCGACGAGGCCCGCAAGAGGGCCAAGCAGUUCCAUGAGGCGUGGAGGAAACUGUCUGACUGGCUGGAGGAGGCUGAGAGCCGGCUCGAUUCAGAGCUGGAGAUCUCCAACGAACCAGACAAGAUCAGAGUACAACUGACCAAACACAAGGAGUUUCAGAAGGCUCUGGGCUCGAAGCAGCCGGUGUAUGACACCACAGUGAGGUCUGGUAAGGCCAUGAGGGACAAGGCUACGCUGGCCGAAGACACCCAGAAACUAGACCACCUACUGGGGGAGGUCAGGGACAAGUGGGACACCGUUUGUGGGAAGAGUGUGGAGAGGCAACACAAGCUGGAGGAGGCCCUGCUGUUCUCAGGUCAGUUUGCUGAGGCCCUGCAGGCCCUGGUGGACUGGCUGUACCGUGUAGAACCCCAGUUGGCUGAAGACCUGCCAGUCCAUGGAGACCUGGACCUGGUCUCCAACCUCAUGGACUCACACAAGGCCUUCCAGAAGGAGUUGGGGAAGAGGACCACUAGUGUCCACGCCCUGAAGCGCUCAGCCAGAGAACUGAUGGAGACGGGCCGCGACGACACCGCCUGGGUCAAAGUUCAACUGCAAGAGCUCAGCAACCGCUGGGACACGGUCUGUGCCCUGUCCGUCACCAAGCAGACCCGUCUUCAGCAGGCCCUCAAACAGGCGGAGGAGUUCCGCACUGCGGUGCGGCUGCUGCUGGAGUGGCUGUCGGAGGCGGAGCAGACGCUGCGUUUCCGCGGCGUGCUGCCCGAGGAGGCGGAGACUCUGCAGGCGCUGCUCCACACCCACCGGAACUUCAUGGCCACGGUCGAGGAGAAGAGGACAGAUGUGAACCGGGCAGCGGGCCAGGGCGAGGCCAUCCUCACCGCGUGCCAGGCUGACUGCAUCACCACCAUCAAACACUGGAUAACCAUUAUCCGCGCCCGCUUCGAAGAGGUCCUCACAUGGGCCAAACAGCACGAGCAGCGUCUGGAGUCGGCUCUGACAGAGCUACUCAACAACGCCACGCUGUUGGAGGAGCUCUUGUCAUGGCUGCAGUGGGCAGAGACCACCCUAGUCCAGCGUGACGGAGAGACCCUUCCGCAGGACAUCCCUCAGCUCAAAACACUCAUCACAGAACACCAGGUGUUUAUGGAGGAGAUGACCCGGAAGCAGCCUGACGUGGACAAAGUGACCAAGACUUACAAGAGGAAACCAGCAGAGCCCCCUAGCAGCCUAGCUGAGAGGAGAGGAGCUCGUAAAAACCAGCAGCAACAACAGCAUCAACAGGCGGCGAUGCAGGUCGCCGGGGGCAACCCCCGUCUGACCCAGCUCUGCUCAAGGUGGCAGCAGGUGUGGCUGCUUGCCCUCGACCGCCAGCGGAAGCUCAACGACUCCCUCGACAGGCUUGAAGAGCUGAAAGAGUUUGCCAGCUUUGACUUUGACGUGUGGAGGAAGAAGUACAUGCGCUGGAUGAACCACAAGAAGUCGCGCGUCAUGGACUUCUUCAGACGCAUCGACAAGGACCAGGACGGAAAGAUCACUCGCCAGGAGUUCAUCGACGGCAUCCUGGCCUCAAAGUUCCCCACCAGCAGGUUGGAGAUGACAGCGGUGGCAGACAUCUUUGAUCAGGACGGAGACGGUUACAUCGACUACUAUGAGUUUGUGGCGGCGCUGCACCCCAACAAGGACGCCUACCGGCCCACCACCGACGCUGACAAGAUAGAAGACGAGGUGACCAGACAGGUGGCACAGUGUAAAUGUGCCAAGCGGUUCCAGGUGGAGCAGAUAGGAGAGAACAAGUACAGAAUGGGCCAGAGCAAUUACAAGUUCUUCCUUGGAAACCAGUUUGGAGACUCGCAGCAGUUGCGGUUGGUGCGUAUCCUGCGCAGUACGGUCAUGGUGCGGGUCGGAGGGGGCUGGAUGGCCCUGGACGAGUUCCUGGUCAAGAACGAUCCCUGCAGAGUGCAACAUCCUGGACUUAAGAUCCUUCGCUCCGACUCCAGUAGCACCAUUUCAUCUCGUAUAGUGACGGUCACUCCUGGCUAUUUCUGCUGCAGAGCCCGAGGCCGUACCAACCUGGAGCUGCGUGAGAAGUUCAUCCUACCGGAGGGGGCUUCCCAGGGCCUGGCAGCGUUCCGUUCCCGUGGCCGGCGCUCCAAACCCGGCUCCCGCACAGCCUCGCCCACCCGCUCCUCCUCCUCAGCCUCACACAGCGCACAUAGCUGCGCCUCCCUGCCCUCCACUCCCGCCACCCCUACCGCCUCCUCCAGAUCCUCAAACUCGCGUGGCUAUGCCAAGCCCUGGCUGGCACACAGUAAAACGCCAACGCCAACCAAGUGCCAGUCCUGCCCAGACCACGACCACACCACCCCUGGGCACGAGGGGGCAGUUUCGGGGUCCAAGCUGAAGAGGCCCACCUUCCACUCUAGCCGAGGGUCCCUGACUGGAGAGAAUGGAGGAGCUACACCCACUUCUACUAAACCUGGACGCACCGACCCCAGGCGUACCCCAUCAGGAGCCAGUGGUGCUGCCAGCCGAGCGGGAAGCAGAGCGGGCAGCAGGGCCAGCAGCCGGCGGGGCAGCGACGCUUCGGAUGCCUCGGAGCUCCUGGAGACGCGCUCGGCCUGCUCUGACACCUCGGACACCCCCCGGCGACCAGGAGCAGCCAAGCCCUCCAAGAUCCCUACCAUCUCCAAGAAGACCCCAAGCCCCAAGACACCCGCUUCUGGGAAGAAGUAGUGGAGACGUGUACAAAACCGUCAUACAUCUAACUAUAGAGCUGGUUUGACUCCACGGGCUAACCCAGCCCCCCCAAACACCAGCCAGGAUGAAAUGGAGAGGAAGAUGUCCAAACUAUACAAUUAGAUCAAGUAGAAAGGACCGUCUUCCAUUUCAAAGAGAUGCUCUAUAGUGGACAGACUACUGGCGGCCAUAUUGGGUGUCACAUUUGAUCCAAACAUCCAUCCAUAGGGCUUGCAUGGGAUUCAUGCACCAAGACUACUGUAUGGAAGGCAGGUAGAGAAGGGGAUAGAUGGGGGGAGAAAUAUCUUUCUCUUUUUUCCCCACUUUCGUACACACACUCACUGGGGGGCCUCGAGGCCCAGGUUCGUGCACUUAGACUGGGGUGAAACAGGACAGAACUUCCCCCUUUUAAAACCCAGAUCCCAGUUUGCCUUCCAGUCUCCUGUGCGCUCUCUCUCGUAACGGGAUUGUGCUAAGACUGUUUCAGAGAAAGCCACAGCAGUUUGAACCAACCAACAUGAUGCUGCCUUAUUUGUGUUGCACAUUUCUGUCCUUACUUUUACCUAAUCUGAGUUCCACAGAGCGUUAGGUAGAGCCUUGUAACUACUUUGUGCAUGUACACACUGACACACACACACACAACUGAAAUACGCACACACACAUUGAGGGUAGUGGUGAAAUGACUCAGAACUUGCUGGAGAAUGGCAUUCCGAAGAACUGGAUUGUGGGUAUUGUGGAAAUUGUUUCUCACCGGGAGUUAAACAGAAAAUAUCCAAUGACUGCCAUCUUGUUUUUUACUCUCCUGGACUGGGAAGUGAAGAGGAAUUUCACUUCAUGUCUGUGGGUCGGGAACAACCGGACUAGCGUGGAUUUAUGUUCAGUGUGUGGGCUGCCCCACUCUGACAACUGCCUAAACCUCAAGCCUAGGAGACCGUGGAAGUGGUGGGAAACACACAUACACACUGCAAUUUCCUCACAAACCACUGCAACAAUCUAUGUGUUGGUCGGUGGGAGUGUGUGUUUGAUGGAAUGGAGGGUUUGUCAUAUGGCCCCAUUAGUCUGAAGCUAACACUCAAAUUCAAAGAUGACUUCUUGGCGGGACCCCACUAACAGCAAAAACGUGACAAAAUGUGUAACAAUGAAGUGGCUUGUAAGGACAUGCACAAUUUAACACAAUUGAUACUAGGCUUAUUCCAGAUUAGAGAUUGAAAACCGGCGCACACUGACAGUCUGUAUCGCUGUAAUUCCACUUCGCCCCUCUCCCCUCCGUUGCCGCUGGGAACCCCCCCAGAGCAGCAGACAUAAAUGUUUGUGUAUACGCGUGUCGUCGUCACGCGGUACAGAAAUCAGAGGUCCUCCGCGUGCAUCGCUGUGUGCAAAGAUUUGAUUUGUGAAUGUCUUUCUUUCAUUCUGGUUAAUUUAUAAUCCUGUUGUAUUUUUUUGUUUGUUGCUUUUCUAGUUUAAGAAAACAGUUUUAUUUAUUUUUCAGUUCUGUAUCAUAUCACCUUGGAGAAUGAUUAGUAUUAAGAUGAAUGAAGUCAUGAUAUUUUGUACCAAGGAAAAUGUCCGCUCCUCUCUUCAACGUUGUAUGUUUCUACUUCUUCAUAACAUUACUCAACCAGGAAGCUGACUGAUUCCCAUGGCAGCCUUUUUUUCUUUUUUUUUGCUAAUGACUACAACUCCCAGAACAUGACCAAAGGGGGUUGCCCUUAUUGUGUUGGCAAAAAAAACUAUGAAUAUGAAUGAAAGGGAGCUGAAGGGGCCAAUGAGAGAACCCCUAGUGUCCCGCCUUAUAGGCGUUUGAAUUGUCGUGUCUUUGAUGGCUGCAAAUGUGCUUCCCUGUUUGUUGAUGUGAGAGCUGAAGUAUAUGAAAACCUAAUGAACGGCAAGUGACAUCUUAAGGUGAUUUUUAUUUAUUUAUUGUCUCUUUUGGGGGUGGGGAUCCGGGCGCAGGAGAGGAACUCACCUUUUGGUGUUAUUCACAGUGUGAUGAAGAGAAAAGAUGGAGGGGGGGCGGUUAGAAGUCAAUUGUGUAAAAUAAAAAUAUAAGAUUAUAAACCUUUUUGUUCUCAUUUUGUAUUAAAAAAUAUGCUUGCAGUAAAAAAAGAAA